AUGGGAGCUCCGUCCCUAACAGAUCUAGACCAAAUUGGCGCGCAAGUACUAUCGAGCGACAAAUCGUUCCACCUAGGUCCAUUCCUUGUGGCCACUUUUGUGGACACGCUUUUUUGUGGGAUUUUAUUAAUGCAGUAUGGAGCAUAUGUGUCACUGGGGAAAAACGACACCAGGUUAUUGAAGUGGAUGGUUGUCUAUGUACUAACGCUCAAUAUUGCAAGUACCAUUCUUACGUGGACAUGGAUCUACGACCUCUUCGUAUAUAACUUUGGUUCCUAUGGGUUGUUCCUGUCGAUCAAAUAUCUGUCCUGGUUUUACGUGCUAGAUUCCAUGAUGGUGAUUGUCGUACAAGCAUUUUUUGGGCUGAGAGCAUGGAAGCUAACAGGCAGAAGCUGGAUAGUCGGCAUUCUGCUCGUAAGCCUCAUGCUUGGCGCGCUUGGAGGAGGGAUUGGUAUCAAGGCCCUUUUCACUCAACUUGGCUCAACCCUUUUUGCAAAGGACGUGCGAAUUCCAGCGUAUAUAUGCCUUUUUUGCACUGUAGCCGCAGAUAUAACAAUCACGGCGAUUAUACUACAUUACCUAAUGACCAACCAUACAGGCGUUCAAAUGACUGACCACAUGUUAGCUCGUUUAGCCCGAGUGACGUUUUCUUCCCAGCUUCCCCCGACCUUGAUAGCAAUAGCACUCGCCAUUGAAUAUACCAUCAAGUAUGACAGUUUUAUCGCAAUCCCGUUUAUAUGCGUCCAGGGAAAGGUGUAUGGGAUUAGUUUGUUACAUACUCUCAAUGUCCGAGAAACUUGGCGCCGACCCAAAACAACUACAUACACAAAUACCACAGAUAUUGAAUUUCAACGGACCUCUCAGCCCACCAUUUGGAGGGCGAACCCUGCACGUACCAACCUGGAGUCAUGUCACGAUAUACAACUCGAACAACAGGUAGAUAAUAAACAACGGCCAACUGGGAAAGAUGAUACGGACAGCGGGCACACGAUGUCUGACUGGAGAGCCAAACCCGUGUUUCUGAUGAAAAGGGAGGAAGUUCUAUCAGCCCAUAGUGUGAUUUCUGAGUUUUGCGAGAAGCGCAAAACGGAGCCCGGUGGCGGCUUCGCCGCUAGACGGGGUGACGGACCUUGGAAAUGGAAAGUUCAGAUGUCUUGGUUUUUUGUCAUUAACUCCAUAACUGUGAUGGCAGUACAGUCAUUUUACGGAUUCCGAGCUUGGAAAGUAAUGAAAUCGAAUCGCCUUUUUGCGGCUCUCAUGAUCAUUCUCGGCCUUGCGGCCUGUGCUGGAGGAAUAGGCUCCAAGGUUAUAUUUGCACACUACGAUAAUAUCGUAUACGCGAGUAAGCUAAAAAUUACGGCAUACAUCUGCCUCUCUUGCACUCUUGCAGUAGACCUCUUGAUCACUGGAACCAUACUCCAAUAUCUUAUGUGCAACCGCACCAUUAACCAACGUACAAACCAUCUGAUGAGCCGGCUAGUGAAGAUAACUUUUGAGUCCCAGCUACCACCAACCCUGGUCGCCGUGGCAUUAUUUUGCGUAUACACUACUAAGAAUGAUAGCUUUUUCAACAUUCCUCUCAUUUUGAUGCAAUGCAAGAUUUAUGGAAUAAGCCUGCUUCACACGCUGAAUGUUCGAGAGUCACUAGCCGAGUCGAACCGGGGGGCGGACGUCACUCCAGAAGGAUGUGCGAUCACAUCUGGCGCCCUUCAACAAUUCGAUCUUGAAAGCCUUACAUUCGCUAAACCGGGGCUGACAACUGUUAUCGAUAGGCUACCCGUUCACCAUCGAGACACUAAACUCUUUCCCCAGGCUGAGCCAGGCCACGAGCAAGGAGCUAAGCGAUGGCAACCUGAUACCGAUGACGAGGGAUCUAGGAGUAUACUAACGGACGACCGGAUGGACGAUCACGAAGUCCAAUCCAAAAGCGUCUUGACGCAAUAA